AGGAAAACCAGCAAGCCAUAACACUUCUAUGGUUCCCCGUCCAGCUGCACGAUGAAGCUUCUUCCUCUGUUUGUCCUUGCCAUGGUAAUGGUUAAUGCUUGCGCCGUGUCUUCUCGCACCGCGCCGAGGGACCAUGUACUAGAUGGAGUAGUGAAGAUGGCAGCGACGGGAGAGGGGACGGCGAUCGACAAUCACCAUGCGAUACCAAGGACAGAGUAUAGCAGCUGGAGCAGCCCUGGAAACAUGCCCGGAAGUGGCCAUGACAUUGCUAGCGAAGAAGCCAAACCAUAAGCAGCCUGAUAUAUGCAUGCCUUUGUACGUAGCAGACUUUGCAUGCUAGGGUACGUAUACAUACUCUUUUGAGUCAUAUAUAUAGUAGUAGUUCCAUGUCGUGGGUUCCUCGUUGUGCUACCUAUAUGUAAAUUAAGGGUGAGCCGGAUCACGUCUAUAUAUUUACAGAUGUUCUGUUUAUAUUGAAUAAAGCAACAUUUCUCUAUAUUCAUUGAUAGUUUACAGUAUGAGUUCUUGAGUACUACCAAGCUGAUGAAUCAGUCCGAAAUAUUAGCUUUAUUUAUACUAGAAGAACCAUAAGAAUAUCAGCGAGGUACACAGUGAAUCCUUUGUUAUAUGAAUAAAAAAUAAACCAUUUACUUGAAGUUGAUAUUGCUAUGGAUUCAUAAGAUUGAUGUUGAAGGAACAAUAUAAUUUUGCUAAUAUAUGGUCUAAUAAAUAACCGGGAAACCAUGAAACAAUCAAGUGUUGAUUUGAGAAAAUAAAAGAAAUAUACAACCAUAACUAUAUGUAGACAUGAAGGGAAACAUGCAUGUGCAUACCGCAUGCAAUUGUUAACGAGAGUCUCGCCUGUUGUCUACUGGCAUGAUACAAUUGCACACUAGUUAAGAUCUUUAAUUGUUGAAAUAAAGUUUUCAGCGAAUAUUUCACUUUGAUGAAAACCGUCCUCUCUCCUCAAAGGGCAUGCAUUCUUUAUGUAAGCUGAAACCACACCAAUUUGUUUAUCUAAGCUAAAACCAAACCAAUUUGUUUAUAUAACUUUCAUAUGAUACAAUUUGAUUGACAACAACUUCACUGAAAGCACUUUACAUAAAUCACUUGAUAAAGUGCAAUAUCUCAAUCAGAGAAUAUAUAAAUUUCAUAUGAUACAAUUUCAUUGAAACAACUUACAUAAAUAGCUUCAUAAAGGAUCAAAAUGGGUUUCAAGUCAUUAGUGUAUAUAUAGGUGCCCACCCUGUGGGAUAUUGGAUUAAAGAGAUGUUGUCCUUUGGUUCAGUAUUUUCGCAAAAUGCUAACUAUUAUUCUUGUAACUGUACUUAUUCAAUAAUAGAAAGCCUUGACAAAAUUACUGAGAUUUAUCUGCAGCUACAAGGUCGCUAUCUUAUCUGAUAUAUUCUGCUCAGCAUUUAUUCUGGACCCUCUAGUCUGCAAGAAGAACUUUCAUGUGCAGCGGCUGAGAUGAGAUCCCAGAGCCAAAUGCCCAAGGGUCACGAGUGGUACUAAUACUGUUGAUAAACAUGCAGUUAAAUGAAGAAACCAAGUGUGUUUAAGAGCUCAAUGACUCCACUAAUAUCUGUCCUUCUACCUAUGUGCUUACAUAGAUAGAUGAUGACACUUUUAGUGCCCGACUGAAGCGGUUGGGUUAAAAUUUAGGCAGGGUUAUUCUCCACCUAAAUAAAAUAUGAAGUCGUCGUUGCGUCGUCGUAAUAAAAGCAUAAACCACUAUCUUAGUGGGAAAUACUAUUGGUAGUGUUUGAUGAUUUACGCAUAAUUUACGAUUACAUUGACAGUGAUUGUGUCAAGUAAUCACCAUAAUCUUCAGAAUUGGCGAUAUUUGCAAAUAAUUUAUGUCACUGGCCAUAGUAAUGGGUGGGCUCUGAUUUGGCUGCCAUUUUUACUACAGGAUUCUACUGGUCCCAAAGGCAUGGCAUGAGUACCUUUUACAUCCACAUGAUGUUUUUCUAAUUCUAGUGGAUCAUUCAAUAACCUUUUAGUUGUUAGGUUUCCUGCAAAUAUGAAUUGUGCACUAGUUUUUUCUGACUAUAUAAACCGUUCCUGACCUGACGUGACCAAACCAUAGCCUUCAAGAAACAGCACGUAUAAUACUAUCCAAACUUCAAUCGAAUCUCAAGGUGGAGAUUUCCCAGUUAAUUCAGACACCAUGAAAGAGCAACUGAAAGCAAGCAGGAUUAAGAUCUUGGCUGCCUUGCUGGUCUUCGCCAUGGUUACUCAAGGCUUGGCGAUUCGGGUCAAGGGGACGGUGAGGAAUGACAUCACCGACGAGGCUGUCAGCGCAAAAACCACCCUCGGUGCAGGCAGCAGCACAACCGUUGACAACCACCAUGCAAUCCCACGGGACCAGUAUAGUAGCCAUGGAGGAGAGGACGGAUCAGGUGGCAGUGGUGGUGAUACUACAAAGAACUAGUGCCAUUCUCUGAGACUGUUCUGUUCGCCCAAGAUAUAUAUUCUGAUCUCUAAUGUUAUAUUGUAUAGAUGCCAGCAGCGCUAAUAUUAUUACUAUUCAUGCCUACAUGAAAAUAAGCUGCUUAAGGGAAGAGUAAUGUCGAAGAUAAUAUGCUUGUUAUUUACAUCCUCACUGAAGGAAAAAGCUAUGUUUUGUUGGAAAAAUAAAGAAGAAGCUAUAUAUGUAAUAGAUGUGA